UUGAAUGCGACACAAGUGUUUACUAUACGCCGCGUACGCGUACCGAAUCAGUGGUUUAAAAUCUAUAAUGUGCAAAAAUAAUAAAAAAAUACAUGACAAAUUUAAUGAGGAUUUGCUUUUUGAUACAAGUGAAAUUGAAAUAUAGUGAUUAUAACCGGAAUAUAAAUAAAAAAAUUCAAUAUAGUGGCCUUCGUGAACUGUCAGGAUAAAACGCGAAUAUCGGACCGAAAAACUUCAGCGUUGACAGCGACUGCGACGUUGCGCCGAUGUCGACUUAGGCAUAGUCGACGACGCUUCUUCAGCCAAACAGCGGACGAAGUAAAUCGACACGAACAGCGGCAAUUGGAGUAAUAGUGAAGAAGUAAACCCAUUGAAAUUUGUUGUGGAAAAUGAAUUAAAUUCAAAGUUAUUAAAUCGCAAAUAGUUUAAGUAAGUGAAGUGAAAAGGUGACGAUUUUUUCUAUGUGUGUGCAAUGUAGUUAAAUGUGUAAAAAUAAACAAAUUGGAGAAACUAUACAGUAUGUUGUACGCAGAAGCCAAAGUGCAAAGCUUCUUGGUUACACCCAGGUAAAGGCAACAUUAAAUAAUAUAAAUAAAAGAAGAGAAAAAAUAUCUUAUGACAGAAAACCCCGUAUAGUAUCUAUUAAAUUUAAAGGCCUCAAAUUACAUAUUUUCAAGUAAAACAAAAAGAACGUUUAAAGUAAACGAACAAACAAUCGACCGAGGCAAGUUUCAGCAGCUACUACGAUGCGCCAUUGCUUCAAUACAAUUCGGUGUUUGUGUUUGUUCGCCGCGAAAGAGUGCGCAGCAAACGCGGUGUAAUAUUUGGAGAAAGAGUGGAAAGCAAGAAAAGCAACAAGACGUUUAUUGGCUUUUCGCUGCCGGAUGCCUAAAUAACGUCGUCGUCGUCAACGUCGGCGACAUCAACAACGUUGCUGGCGGCAGCAGCGUCGGUGACGUCGACAGCAUUGUGACCAAGCCCAAAAAUCCAGUCAAGCACUACGAAUUCAUCAGCACGAAAUAUUAAAAGACAGAAAAGAAAGAAGAAAUAGCCAAGUUAGUUGUAGUGAAUGUUAUUGUAAAAAGUGUCUUAUUUUGUGAAGAACUUAAAUGGUGAACAAAACAAAGUAAUGAAGUAGUCGGACGACAAAGCAGGCGACAGGCAGAAAGCACAGAACAGCAGAGCACAUGAAAUUGUAAAGUUGAAUAAAAUAAUAUUAGACAUUUUUUGUCACAUAACUAUAUUUACGGAUGUCACUUUUCAUUAGUGAAUGUAAUCGAAAUUGAAAUUUCAAAGUAAUAAAGUUGAAUAACAUCAAGUAGUAGUUUAAAACGGGCGGUUUUAACCAUACAAAUCAAAUAGGCAUUGUAAUCGCACUUUGUGCAGUGGUCAACAGUCCGUAUUUGUGCACCUUCGCCAACAAAAGCAACUUGAGCAGUUGGAUUUGUAACAGCGGCAAUAGUAGCUUCAGUUGCGGCAUAAUAAUGGCCGCCGAGGAACUGAAAGUGGUUUUGCGGCGUAAUGAGCAUUCCGGUUUUGGGUUUUCGCUGUUGGGCACCACGGGACCGCCGCAUGUAAUAUAUGAAAUACACGAGAAUUCACCGGCCGCCGAUAGUGCGGUCGAAGCUGGUGAUAUUAUUUUAAAAGUAAAUGGCACUGAUGUUCAUCGAUAUACAACGAAAGAAGUUCUCAAGUGCUUAAGGCUAUCCGAUGAUUCGGUCACGUUAGAGCUGCGUCGUGAUCCCAAACUAAAAGCGCGACUCAAAGAGCAACUGGCCAAUACGAAAAAUCCCCAUUACGAAGACAUCGAACCAUCUCCGCAUAUUUAUGAUUACAAAGCAACGAGCUGUCGAUCUCCCACAACUCACCACCGCUCGUUGUCACUGCAAGACUCUUACGAACCGCCACACAACAGCAAUUCCAAUUCAUCGUCUUCGCCUGCGAUACGCUACGCCAAAUCGCCCACUCACUUGCCACACCGUCAGGGUUCGCUGCCGACGCCUGCGUUGACCAGCCAACAACAACAACCACAGGGCAAUCACAGUCGCAGUUCUUCCGCUUCAUCAGCACAGCUACAAUUUGGUGAUAUAAAUACUACUGCAGCGAGUGGUGGUGCGGGCGGCGCCACCUGUACAUCGCCCACAUCUCGUCCAUCACGUAUUCCAACGGCACUGAAAGCGCCACAAAAGCCACCCGUACAACAUUCGCCACAGCAUAAGCGACCGCGACCAUCACAAAUUCCAACAAAGGCUGGCCCGGCAGCCACCAACGGUAACACGCCAAUAAUUGCACCGACAGCCCCAGUGACCGGUGGUUGUGUGAGUGGUGGUGGUGCCCAUUUACAGCAUUCAAAUAGUUAUAGCGGGGGCAGCACACGUUUCACUCAGCAGCAGCAGCAACAGGCGGCCCUGCAGCAGAAGGAGCGUGACGCUGAGCCAAACUCGGCGCCGCCGCAGCCAGCGAAGGCGCCACGCUUUGAGGCAUACAUGAUGACUGGUGAACUGAUACUGAAUCUGUCGAGGACAUCUCAAAGUAGUAACCUACUGCCAGGGCACGCAAAAAAAAUCGACAGUUUGCGUGACUCACCACAACGUGCGGUCGUGGCUGCGCGCGCUAACGGCGCUUUGGCGCCUCGUGCUUCUGGUGAAUCUUCGCCCACAUCCUCAUCAUCGGUGGACUCGCCCACUCACACGGCCAGUUCGGAGUCAGCUCACCACCACAAAGAUCGUGGCAAGCGAAGACACCAACAACCUCAUCAUCAUUUGCUGCAGCAACAGUUGGAUAGUAUUAAUAACAGCUACAACAACAGUAACAGUGGUGGUGGCGGUGGCGCGGGCGGUGUGGGCGUAGUUAACAGCGAUCCACGCAAAGACGAUACACUGUUACUGUGCGAAGAAUUAGAGCGUGACGACGAAGAGGCAGGUGGUGACAAUAAUCGCAGACAACGAUAUCAGCAACAUCAACACUAUUCAACACGACGACACCAAUACAGUCAUUAUCAACAGCGCAGCAGUUACGAUCAUGAUGAGGUCGUUGACAUGGAGGAAAACGAGGAGGAUCAAACGCACUAUGACAUCACCAAUAUAGAAACGUACAAUAGCGGUGGUCUUGGCGCGGGCGAUGUGUGUGGCGAUGAUGACGCCAGCGAUCGUCAAUGCCUGGUAACGAACUAUGGCGACGAUGAGGACGACGAUGUCGAAGGUGAGGAUUUUGAUGCCGAAGAUGAAGACGGUUGUGGUGCCGAACAUGAAGACGAAGACUACUCAUCAAAUUCACUGACAUCGGCAUCGGCGAAACAACGUUUGCGCGCACUUAAGCAAAAAGCUGCCGCUGCACAUUACAAACAUGCACAAAGUGUGGUGCGCGCCAGAGGUGGCAUCGGCGAUGCAGUCGAUUGUGCGAACCAACAUUACGCCGGUGGCUAUCACCAUCAUCAUCAUCAUCAGCAAAAACGGCAACAGCAACGCGGUUCAGGUGGCUCGAGUUCUUCAUCGGCGACGGUGAAGAGCGACGGCUUAACUGGCAUAAACACCUCACCCGAUGAAACUUCAUUCUCCGUGCCCACCUCACCGAUUUCGCUGUCUACGCCAUUAAUUGACAAGGACACGGCGAAUUCAGUCCCCACCAGCCCAGAACCAACAAGCCUGGGUGCAGUAGGUGGGGGAGUUGUUGUCCACGAUGUUGUGGUGCGGCGACACAAUGGUGUCGUACGUACAUGUGAUUCCGCUGGAUUCCGUACCAGUAAGUCUGAGGAUCACCUGCAGCAGGUGCAGCGUGAAGGCAUGGCUGCAGUGAUACCGAUCGAUAUUGAUGAGGAUGUGAAUAGUUCGCUGAAUACGCUGCUCGAUACGAGGCAUGACUCGGAAGAUUCGCAGCCAUCUACUACUACUAUAACUCUAAUGAAACACCCAAACAAAGCAACAAUGAAAACAGCAACCAGACGUGUUUCCACAUUUUCUCCAUUCACCACUUCUCCGUCAUCUGUUUCUGCCUCCGCAACAUCCACAUCGUCAUCAACAUCAUCAUCAUCGUCGACGGCAUUAAAAACAGCUAUAUUAAAUGCGGCAGCAGCUGCAGCAACCGCAUCAGCGACUGCUUCUUCAUCGCCCUCAUCCUCGCCAACACUCUUACCAUCCUCACCAGAGUCGACGCUAAUCAGUCAACGUGAUAUCUUUAAUAGGCGACGGCGCAAAGUGCGUAUGAGCGUCCCACGAAUUGUUUUGGAUGUGUCAGCAGCGGCAGUAACUCCAACAAUGGAAGAAAGUGGCUGCCACAAUAAUAACAAUAACAACAAUAAUAAUUGUAAUAAUUUCAAUACUAGUACACCAACAACAAAUGAUAUUGCCACUAAUAACUUGAAUACGAUCAGUACUAAUAUGACAGCUCGUGAUGCUAAUGGAGCAACAACACUAACAACUACUAAUACUACAGUUACAAAAACUGCAUGCACUAUGACAAUAAUAAAAACGGCUAUAACAACAAUAACCACAAACAAUUCAACAGCUGAAUAUGCUAAUAAAAAGGGUUCCAAUCGUGAUCGCAUUGUUUGGACUUAUAACGCACCGCUGGCGCCACACCAAAUACAACAAUUACAGCAGCAGCAACAACUGCAGCAACAGCAACAACAGUAUUCGAGUACACACUAUGGCGGUGGCGGUGGCCACAACAAUUCAUCACCGAAUUCGCAGUCGCAGUCACAUUCGCACUCACACUCGCAUUCGCACUCGCAUUCGAGUUCAAUAAGUUCAUCGCCACAACAUUCGGCUGGUAGUCCGGCCUCACCGACAUCUGUAUCCAGUUCGGUGAUGUCAUCGUCCGGUUCGAAGGGUGCGCUGGGCAUUGGUGGUGCGUAUGCGUUGAAUAGCAACAACAAUGGCGGUCAUCAUCAACAGCAGCAGCAACAACAACUACAGUUGACAGCAAAUGCCGCUAAUGGUGGCACCAGCGGCGGCACCAGUGCAACAACAGCCACAACAGCUUUACAAACGGGUUUGUUACAUUGUCCUACUGGUAGUGGUAAUGGUAAUGGUAGUGGUGGUGGCGGCGGUAGUGGUGGUAAUGGUGGUGGUGGUAAUAAUAGUCUUGCAGGUGGCGCCGGUUACGAUCAUAGCGUCUCCGAAGCCAUCUCGAAUAUUUCUAGUCCCGACUAUCAGGACGAUGAUAAUUUAUUGAGUUCUCGCGAUCUUGCAGGCGGCAUGGUACUUAGCGAUCCCAGCGAUUCCGAUUCUACGAUACUCGUAUCCGACACGGCGGCAGCGAGGCAAAAGCAACAGCAAAAUCAACAAUUGCAACUACAAGCACAAGCGCUACACCAACAGCAACUGCAACAACAACAGAAAAUGAUUGGUGGUGGCCAACAAGGAAACUCCGAACAGCAUAAACUAGUGAUACAGGUGCGUGGCAUCGAUAAUAGUAAUAGUGCCUCAGCACGUACGGGCUACUCGGAAGUGAAAGACUCCGAAGAUGAAUUGGCCACGUUGACGGAGGAGCCAUUAAAUAGUGCAUUGACGGCGGCAUGCGGUGAUGGCGGCGGCACAGGACGCGAUUCAUCGCCGCCCGUUUCGGAUGAUGGCAGCGAUGUGGAGUCACUACAUUCCUACCAUUACUCACCAAAGGCCGUGGAUAUGCCAUCGGCAAUACGGCUGGCCAAAAGACUGUACUCACUGGAUGGUUUCAAGAAGAGCGACGUGUCGCGUCAUCUCAGUAAAAACAACGACUUCAGCCGCGCUGUCGCCGAUGAAUACCUAAAGUAUUUUAACUUCGAAAAGAAAACGCUUGAUCAAUCGUUACGUGAAUUUCUGCAACAAUUCUCGCUGUCGGGUGAGACACAAGAGCGCGAACGUGUGCUGGUACAUUUUUCUAAACGCUUUUUAGACUGCAACCCAGGCACGUUCAAUUCACAAGACGCUGUACAUACUUUAACUUGCGCCAUUAUGCUGUUAAACACCGAUCUGCAUGGCCAGAAUAUCGGACGGAAGAUGACUUGCGCGGAGUUCAUUGAAAAUCUGGCCGAGCUUAACGAUGGUGAAAAUUUCCCCAAAGAUGUUUUGAAGUAUUUAUAUCAGGCCAUUAAAACACAACCGCUUGAGUGGGCGCUCGAUGAUGAUGCCACUGAAUUGCAAAAGCAACGCGGAGACAAUAAUGUCGGCAACAGCACAAGCAACAGCCUUAUCGGUCAAAAUCCCUUCUUAGACAUACCGGAAUCGUCGACGGCGAUUGAAUACAAGAAGGGCUAUGUGAUGCGCAAAUGCUGUUACGAUGCCAACUACAAGAAAACGCCAUUCGGUAAACGUUCCUGGAAGAUGUUUUACUGCACGCUGCGUGAUCUAGUACUCUUUCUGCACAAAGACGAGCAUGGCUUCCGUAAGAGUCAGAUGUCUGAUAAUCUGCACAACGCUAUACGCAUCCACCAUGCUCUAGCCACGAAGGCUACCGAUUAUACGAAAAAGCAGCAUGUUUUCCGUUUGCAAACCGCCGAUCAGGCAGAGUAUUUAUUCCAGACCAGUGAUUCCAAAGAGCUACAAUCGUGGGUAGAGACGAUAAAUUUCGUUUGUGCCGCAUACUCAGCGCCACCACUGGAGGGUGGUGUGGGCAGCCAAAAACGUUUUCAGCGCCCACUGCUGCCUAGCACGCAUACAAAGUAUUUGAUGAAAGAGCAAUUAGAAUCGCACGAGCAACAAUUGGCGCAAUUAGAGGCAGCACUCGCUGAACAUAAGAAGGGACCUGUACCGAAUAAAGGAUUGCCACUACAGAACUACAAAGAAAAGGAGAGUUACUUGCAAUAUGAGCUACGCCGCUAUCGCGCUUAUGUGUCAAUUUUAGCUGCUAAACUGCUUUCCGAUCAACAGCAGUUGGAUGCUGCACAGCAGCAACAAUUAACGAACAACGAAGAAUUAGAUACAUUCUCAACGAGUGGAGUUGGAGGAGUCGGACCAGCUGUGAUUGGUGCGCGGCCACAACAGUCGCCACCAGCGUAUCCGCAACAAUUACAAUUACAACAACCAACUGCACAGUCACCAACAGCACAACAACAACAGGCACAGCCGCAACAACAGCAAACUACUAACAGAUGGCUAUGUGGCUGCGGCUGGUGGUCGUUGCUGUUUUGCUAAAACCCAAACCAACCAAUAUUGAGAAGAAAGUAUCCUUACUACAUUUACAACAAUAAAUAUAGACUGUAAUCCCCUCUCUACAAAAUGCUAACACUUCCUCCACAAUCAUAAACUCCACGACCACCAACAAUAUCGACAUCAAACCUCUCCAAACAAAAAUCAACACCUCAACCUAAUCCUCCUGUAUCCUCAAAAAGUGUGCGCGUAAGGCAAUGCUAAAAUACAUACAUACAUAUAUACUCCUAUUCAGUAAUAGUGGUCACGCACAUUCGUUCCAAAAUUUUUAUAUUUGAGAAAAAAAGCGAUAUUGCUUAAGUUUUAUUGCAAAUACUUUUACGCACUGCGGUGUUGAAGCGCACAUUGAAGAACUAAACGCUACAGUGCAGGUAAAAAAUAUAACGGUUGUUUAAGAAAUUUGCUUUCUUGAUCUUUUUUUUAUACUUGCUGUGCUACUCAACAUUUUUAUGUUUUAUAAACAUUUUUUUACAUUUUAUUAGGCUGUUAGACUUUUAGAAUUAGUGUAAAGUUGUUUACCCUUUUAUAAAUACACAUAUAAGUCCAAUUACUUGUAUAUAAGCAUAAAUACAUAUAUGAAAUCGAUAAAUUAGGUAUACAGUUUAUUACAACUUAUUAUUAGCGUUUUUUACACCUUUUUGUUUAAGUUACACGGUUUUCUGAAAAAACAUUUUUUUUAUUUUCUAGAUAUGUAAAACUGUUUUUAUAGCUUUUUUUUUAAUAUUUGAAAACUUUAGAUAAUUUUGAAAGCAUUAUUUUGGAUAAAAAAAAAUUAUUUAUAGCUAAUUUCCACUAGCAGAGCCUUUAUUGUAAAUUUUUAUGUUUACAAUGAAUCGUGCUUGUUAUUAAAAUAUAAUAUUAAACAGUUUACUUAAAACAAUUAUUAAUUUAGCUAGAUAACCAAAAUAAAAAUAUUUUUAGCAAGAAAUUACAAAAAAUUGUAUAAGCAUUUAAAUAUUUUUAUUUAAUUUUAUUUAUUUAAAUGCUUAAAAAAUGUGUGCUUAAAUUAUUUUCUUUUAUUAUUUUUAAAAUUCGGUAAGAAUAGGCUGAUUAGUUACAAAGAAAAUUUUAAGUAAACUUAUUUCAAUGUUAUACAAUUAUCUUAGUUUUUAUGCAAUUGCAAUUAUUUAAAUAUUCGAAAAAUUAAAAUAACCUAUAUUUACUUACUUUGCAUAUACAUAAAUGUCAUACGAACUGUAAAUGUAAAACGUAGCUCUUCAGUUUCGUUUAAUCUUUUCCCUGUUAACAGUACUUUAUUAGUUACAAAUAAUGCUUUCCUUUAGUUGUAAGCCGAUUUUAUUGAUAUAUUUUAUUAUAAAAACAUACUUAUUAAUAUUUACAUAUAAACAUCACACAUUUAAUUAUUUUUUAACAUAUUUUCCUCUUUGGUUCUUUUUCAUAUACUUAUGCAAUUACAGAAAGAAAGAGAAGAAGAAAUGAAGGACAUACGAAAUGUAGCAACUCGAACAAAAAAGAGUCUUGUACAGAAAUGAAUUUACAAAAUACAAACACACACAAAACACGAAGCACGACAUUCAAUGAGGAUGAGCAUAAGAAAGCAAAAUAUAAGAAUAAUUUCUUAAAAGCUAAAACCAUUAUUGCAUAUAAAAUUCAAUCAAAUUGAAUUGCGAUUUCGUUAGUAUGUAAAAGAUGUUGUUUAGACGAAGAAUAUAAAUCAAGAAGAGAGUAAAAAACUUAUUGGUAAGUAAAAAGUUUAGAAAGAAUAACGAAAAACACAUUUGUGUCUCAACAAAAACUUGUUUAAUGCAUAAUUUGAGAAGAGUUAGUAAAAGGAAAGUUAAAAACUUAUAUUUUAAAGUUAAGUCGACGACAAUGUGGCGCAAAUAUUUCUUUUUUGAAACUGAUUCGCUAAAAAAAUCAAUUAUCGACGCAGACCAAAAUGUAAAACUAUACAAAAAAAAUUUUCGGUCGAUGCUUAGUAGGCUAUAACAAUCUGCCAAACAUCUUUCAAGUUAGUGAUGAAAACUGUUAAUCGUUUAAGUAAAGUGCUCCCUGAAAAUAAAUAAAACAUCGCAAACGGUAUCGAAAUGGAUUGAAAUUUGCUUUUCCUCCGAUACAAUCGACCUUAGUUUCAAACGCUUUUAUACAGCUUGUAGCUUUAGCCAACAGUCUUUGUAUUAUUUUCGUAAACUUUUUUUUUAUUGUUGCAACAUCAUAAAUUACGUGAAGUGAUGGUCUCACUAGCUUUCGUCAAACAUACACUAUAUUUAUUCAGUUUCUUAUGGAAAGCUGCAACAUUUUUUAAUAUAUGUAUCUAUUAUUAACAUUGCAUUAUGCAUCAAACUUACUUUCGAAUUCUUUUUUUUUAUACUAUUCUUUUUAAAUUCAACUUUUAACCGAUUUUUUUCCGUUUAUUAUUUCAGCUGAUUUUUCAUUUCCACUUCCUUCGCAUUCAAACACACACCAGCAUAUAUUACCCGUACCCGCACCCAUACUCGUACUCGUACUCGCACAUGCAUCUGCAUUAAUGUCCUGAAAAAUGUCUUCAAGCCGUUUUGUCCACAGGCAACAAAGGCAACAGUCUCGUCGCUUUGUGAAUAGAAACGAACAACAAAACUAUACACACACCUGCUAAAGAUAUAAAUAUAUGUACACUAAAAAAUGCUAACUUUAGAAUGCCACGUAUCAAUAGUUUGUGUGUACAUGUGUGUGUGCGCUUUCCUCUUACAAUUGUAUGAUCGUUUGUACAGUAUCUGCCAAUAGUUGUGAAACGAACAAAUUUUGACACUCGGUUGGCCUCGUCGUCAUCCUCGUUCAUACGAUAUGCAUGCAUACAAACAUAUGUGAAAAACACUAUUACAAUUAAUUUAUUUUACUAUAUGUAUUUACUUAUAAUAUCUAUGUAUGGAAAUGUAUGCUGCUAAUUACUAAAAAAAAGAAGAAGAAGAGCGGGCGAAAAAAUAAAUAUAAUUUAUGGCAUUGUGAAUUUAAUUACGAAAACAUACACAUACAAAUAUGCUAGAAGAGGAGAUAUGAAAGCAGCGAAACAAACAAGAAAAUAACACAAAAGCAAAAUUACGCUAUUUGUCGUAUUUAUAUUAUGUAAUAUUAUAUACAUAUUUACGCUAUUUUAGAUUUAUUUAUACAUACAAAAAUUAUAUAUACAUACAUAACUACUUUCGAAAAGGCAAAACAAAAACAAAAAAAAUUUGCUAAGAGUUGAAAACAUAAAAAACAAUUAUCUUUUAAAGAAUAUCAUUAUGAAUGAUAGAAAACCCAUUAAAAAUUAAGCGAUCACUUGAAAGAGUUUCGAAAACAAUUACAUUUAUUUAUUUUUGUGUUUAUGUAAUAAUAAAAAAUUUACAUAGGCAGUAGCGGCAAGACAAAAUUGCGGUUAAAAAUAAUAAAUGGAAAAAUGUUCGAUAAUCUCAGCCAUGGGCAGGCGAAACAUAAAUAUAUUUCAUGCAAACACAAAAACAAAAGAAAAAAAUUGCAUCUAUAUGUGAAGUACACUUAAAAUUACUUAUUAUUCAUACAACAGUAGUCUACUUUUAGGCGCUUACUACUUGCAUUUCAAAUGUUGUCCAGUUUUGUGAGCGCACUUUAUUGAGAUUUCAUUUCUUAUUUAUUAAUAAAACUCAAUAUUAUUGCUGAACUGAAUUAUGUGAAUAUUUCGAUAUUCCCAACACUCUCUUCAUUUUAUUUCUAUAUUAUAAUAUUGCAUAUGCAAGAAAGUUUUGGUAUGCACGAAAAAUAUGCAUUCGUAAUUUAAUAAAUUCUUGUUUCAGAUUUUUGAUUUUUAAAAUUAUUAUUUUUUGUACUUCGUUAAAAAAUAAUAUUAAAAGAAAAGAAGAUAUGUUCAUUUCUACAUAUGUAUUGUAUUGAGUACUUUACUGUAUUAAAAUAAUAACGUUAAUUCCACAAACAGAAUUCCUUAAUUAAUUUAAAAUAUUAAAUUUGCUUUGUUGAAACAAUUUUUGGUUUUGUGUAUGAAACACUCAUUUGUUCAUCGUAAACAAUUAGUUUAUGUUGUCGCUUUUUGUUUCACGUUUUCUUUUUUCUGUUUACGAAGUUAAUGCCGUCUGCAUUGUUUUUUAAUUGUUCGUUCGUUCAGUUUAUCGCUUAAUUGCCUUAAUUUAUUGUAUUAUUCAUAAUUUAUAAACUUAUAUUUUAUAUAUACAUAUAUAUUACUUGCAUAUAAUAAAAUACAUUUAAACAUACAUACAUAUAUGUCCACGUCUGUAGUUAGGAUAUUAAAAUUGAAGUAAAGUAAACUUAAAGAGCUAAACGAAAAAAAAAAACGAAAAUAUAAAAUAAAUAAAAUAACAAUUCAAAAGAAGAAAAAAGCCUUUAACUUAUAACGGUACACCGCUUGCAAUACUUCGUAGUUUUUUAGGUUCACUCAAAUCGGAUUUUAAAUAUCCUGAUUUUAUGCGAGGCGUUUUAAAGUUUCCGUUCUUUUUGUUGCUGUUGCGCUCUUAAUGUUGGGAUAGGUUCACUUUGGUGCAAACAUCUCAGGCAGAAUUAAAUCCAGUUAAAUUUUAAGUGUUCUAGAAGUUUGUGUGUUUAUUUCUUCCGCUUUACAUCUUGGUGUUAAAGUUAAUUUUACGGAUUACAGUUUGAUUGUCUUUGUUCUAUGAGUUUAAAAAUAUUUUUGAUUAUUUAAGGAGGAAGGGAAAUAGGGUUAAGAGUUGUGAUAAAGAGCUGAAUGUAUAGUAACUGCUUUCAUUCCAGCAAAAGCCAUUGUUACACACUAUUAGUUCUUUUGUUAGGUUGCUGUAGACAUUGAUAUUUAAACGUGUUUCGCCUCCAUAUGGAAACCCCACUGCUUAUCGAGUACCAACCGCCAAGUUUUCAUCAAAACUCUACACUUUAAAUUUCAUAAAUUUUUUCAUAAAUUCUUUUAUCUUUUUAAAAGAGGAAUGUUGAAUUAUGUACAAUUAUUAAAACGUUUUACAUUAUUUAAAUCAAGCUACACAUUAAAUGAACCUUUAUUUUUUUAAUUGCAUUAAAAUUACUAUAAUUGUCUUAAUUAAAUAAUUGUUAUACAAAUUCAAAAAAAAAAAUUAACAUUGAGAUUGACUUUUGUAAUAAUUUCCAAUUAUAUGUAAGACACUGAUUUUCUAUGCUGCCAAUAAUUGCAACUAAUUAUCGCUUUAAUUCGAUGUAUUUGAUUUUCCUUAUAAUAUGAAAGCGAAAAAAAUAUAAAAACAUGUGAGCUGAAACUGAAGAUAAGGGAUGAUAUACAAAACAAAAGUGAAACUAAAAAAAACACAUGAAUAUACAUAAAUGCUUUAAUAUUUAAGCAAUUUAAUAAAUAUAGAAUUGAAUAAUGCAACAAAGUGUUAUAUAACAAAUAAAAUAAAUGAGCGAAAUAGAAACUUUGAAAUAAAAACUUCCAAAAUUAAUAAAUA